CUAGGCUAAAGAACUCCUGGGCCUCCUGGCUAGGCGCUAUAGGACCCUAGGGUAGACACCCGAAUCCUGCGCCAAAGAUUGGCUGACUUACAUGACGACAUCUUUCUCCACCUCUCCUCCUCCUCCUUCAUUCAAAACCAUCAAAUUAAUAGAGAAAUCCAGAGUCUAUCUUUCCCUGUCUAUAAAUAUGUACCCAAAAGCACUUAUCCCUACCAAGUUCUAGCUAGCAACAAAAGCCCAGUUUUAAGCAACAAAAGCCCAGUUUUACUGUGCUUGCCUAGCUAAAUGGACUACCUCACUGCCACUGACUCUAACUCAAAUAAUUUCGCCAACUCUUCUUCCGUGACAAAAAACAAUCGUGGUGGUGGGAAGAACAAAAGUAAUGGAGUGAGGCUGUCCACUGACCCACAGAGCGUGGCGGCUAGGGAGAGGAGGCACAGGAUCAGCGACCGCUUCAAGAUCUUGCAGAGCUUGGUUCCUGGCGGGACGAAGCUGGACACGGUGUCCAUGCUGGAGGAGGCUAUCCACUAUGUGAAGUUCCUCAAGACUCAGAUAUGGCUUCACCAGACCAUGAUCAACUUUGCGGAGGAUUACCAUGAUCCUUCGUCGUCAUCAUCACCACCGUCCAUGUUGAUGGAUAUUCCAGCUCAUGAUCAUGAUCUUCAUCCAAUUGGGUGUCUUGAUCAUGAUCUUCUUCCAACUGGGUGCUUUGAUCAUCUUUCUCACCAGCUUCAUCAGCAGACUCAUGAUUUGUACGCUCACGGCGAUGUCAUUAGUACUGAUGCUUCAGUGCAACCACCGUCACCACCAGCAGUUAAUAUUCCAAUAAUGCCCGAGUACAAUUGCUUCCAAAGGUCAAGGAACAAUUGGUAAAGAGGGGACGGGCGAGCGGGUUCUCUUCGCAUUGGUUCUUUUCUCAUGGAAAACGGUUUGGUGCCUCACACGACCAUUGACGAAGAACUAAUUUCGCUUAAUCUUAAUUUGUUUUCAUCAGAAAAUAGCUAGCUUAAGUCUCUGUCUGUCUCUCUCUUAGGUUAUGAAUUAGUAUGUUGGGGAGUUAGAUGUGAUUAGAUGGUAGUAGUGGUGUGUUUCAAUAACAAAAAUGUUUCUUUUAACUAAUGUUACUUUGUGUUGCUCUAAAUAUGGAAAGGAAUGUUCUCUGUGUU